AUGGCGACCUUGCGAGUCGGCGCCGACCUGUUUCUUGGUGCGCCAAACAAGAAACAAGUGAACGAGAUACGCAACCACUUCAACGCGCUCCCCGACUUCGCCUUCGAGGAGAUCAUCGGCCGUGGCGCGUACGGCCUAACCUUUCGCGUCGUGGAGAAAUUGGCAAAUGGCAAAACGCGGAGGCUCGCCGUGAAGCGCGCGCUCUCGAAGGAAAGCGAGAGUGACCUGCGGAGGGAGAUCACCUGGAUGACGAGACUGGGCGGCGCCGCCCACAUCGCCCGCGUCCUCGGCACGCGGAACGUCACCGGCGGAAACAUGACAAAUACGAGACGCGGUCUGGCACAGCUAUUUCGCACCCGGAGCAGGUUCCUGAUCGGCAUCGAGGGACCGGUGCUGGCAUUGGAAUACCUGGAAAAUGGGAGUUUGGCCGGCAUGUACAAGCGGAUGUGUCGAGCCAAGACGGUUCUUCCCAACCGCAUCCUGUGGAGCUUCUGGGUCUGCUUAGUCCGAGCCUGUAUAGCAAUGGCGUACCCGCCAGACCGCGGCAUCAACGCCACCCCGCGGCUCGAGCAGAUCACGGCUGGUGCGAUCCCCGGCACGCUCGAACACGGGGACUUGCACCGCGGGAACAUCAUGAUCGGACUCACCGACGACUUCGGGGAGCACGGGCCCAUACCGGGCCUCAAACUCAUCGACUUCGGAACGGCCCAGACCGACGUCAACACCCACACGAGGGCAACCCCCGGCACAAGCUGGAACAUCCGAGAGAUGAGCAACAUGAUGCUCGAUAUCAUCGCCCACCGCACAGUGCUAAUAGAAACCAAUAAUCCCGUUACGUACAAAGGGUACGAGACGGGCGCGUCGGAGAUACUGGACGUGCCCGGGGGCGGAGGCGCCAACUAUCCGACGUUAGAUGAAGACUUUAGAGAUCUGAUGGCCCGGUGUCUGGCUCGGGACCAGAACUUGAGGCCUAGCCUGCCGGCGAUCCUGACUGAAAGCCUGGCGAGGGCGGGAAAGGGGGCGGCUUCUUACGGCGCGAAUCAGGCGCUGGAGACUGACGAGGCGAUCCGGGACGUGCUCAAGAAUCUGAUAUAUGACGCCAGCACAACGUUGCCGAGCGAUCCGAUAGAAAUAGGAUGGGUGCUUGUCUAA